AGCCUCAAACCCGCUGCGAUCUCAGUGGUGGAAAUGUUGGAUACGGGGAGGGUCGACUUUCAGAUGACAUUGACGCUAUGUAGAUGAGAGCGGGGAUCUGUGCUCCAUGUAACGUCCCUGGUCUCUGAAGUUAGACGGUGGCGCAAGGCGAAGCUGCUCCCUUUUCUGUCUUCUUUACCCCUCUCCUUCAGCACCACUCUUUUGGACAGCACCACACUAGACGUUAUUUGCUAACGUUUACCUCUCAGGAUAAUAGUUUUGAUUUCAUUUUUUCAAAUGGAAAAGUUUGUCUUUGGUUUGAUCCUGUAGAAUUUCAAGAAAACUACUUUGGGAAUCCAGCAACGCACGGAUAUUACCACCGACAAAAUACUGGCUGAAAAUACAUUUAUUCUGCUGUCUAUUCACUACUGGCACGCUGUCCCUACUUCUCUUGAUUUGCUACCAAAUCUACGGUCCAAGAACUGGGUAACGAACCGCGAAACUGCUGUCUACGUGGACUGGUGCUGAUAUCUCCCGUCCACCUGUCAGGACCUUUGUAAAAAGCAGAGACAUGGCGACUAAUGGUACUAAAGCCUCGGAUGGACACGUUCUGACUGAGGUGAAUGAGGCACCCACUACCAAUGACAAACCCAAAACCCUGGUUGUUAAAGUCCAGAAGACGAAAAAGGAACUCCCCGAAAGAGAAACAUGGGCUGGGAAAUUUGACUUCCUUCUGUCAUGUGUUGGAUACGCAAUUGGACUUGGAAAUGUCUGGAGAUUUCCUUAUCUUUGUGGGAAAAACGGAGGAGGCGCCUUCUUGAUCCCAUACUUUUUGACCCUCAUAUUUGCUGGUAUGCCCCUGUUUCUGCUCGAAACGGCCCUCGGUCAGUACACGUCGAUUGGAGGGCUUGGGGUAUGGAAACUUGCCCCAAUGUUCAAAGGUGUGGGCCUGGCCGCUGCAGUGCUUUCUUUCUGGCUAAACAUCUAUUACAUUGUUAUCAUUGCCUGGGCCAUUUACUAUUUGUACAACUCCUUUACAACUGAGCUACCAUGGAAAUCCUGUGGAAACUCAUGGAAUACAGAGCGGUGUUACACCAACUACAGCAUCGGAGAUGCCACCAACCUGACUAGCGCAGUGGUGGAGUUUUGGGAACGUAAUAUGCAUCAGAUGACUGAUGGGCUGGACAAGCCAGGUGAGAUUAGAAUACCUCUUGCGAUAACGCUGGCCAUAGCCUGGGUUCUGGUCUACUUCUGUAUCUGGAAAGGUGUCGGCUGGACUGGAAAGGUGGUGUACUUCUCGGCCACAUACCCCUACUUCAUGCUCUUCAUCCUCUUCUGCCGUGGGAUUACUCUACCUGGAGCCAUCGACGGAAUCCUCUUCUACAUCACCCCUGAGUUCAGCAAGCUGAAGGAAUCGGAGGUGUGGUUGGACGCUGCCACUCAGAUCUUCUUCUCCUACGGACUGGGCCUCGGGUCACUGAUUGCACUUGGAAGCUACAAUCCAUUCAAUAACAAUGUUUACAGGGAUUCAGUCAUUGUGUGCUGCAUCAACUCCUUCACCAGCAUGUUCGCCGGCUUAGUCAUUUUCUCUAUUGUCGGCUUCAUGGCAAACGUGACAAAGAGGCCUAUUGCUGAUGUGGCUGCGUCAGGUCCAGGACUGGCCUUCUUGGCGUAUCCCGAGGCAGUGACUCAGCUGCCUAUCUCCCCACUGUGGGCUAUUUUGUUCUUCUCCAUGCUCCUCAUGCUUGGAAUUGACAGUCAGUUCUGCACCGUGGAGGGCUUCAUCACUGCCUUGGUGGAUGAGUUCCCACGGGUUCUCAGGGGAAGACGAGAGCUCUUCAUCGCUGGCGUCUGUUUCGUCUCGUACAUCAUCGGCCUGUCCAACAUAACGCAGGGUGGCCUCUAUGUGUUCAAACUGUUUGACUACUACUCGGCCAGCGGUAUGUGUCUGCUCUUCCUGGUGUUCUUCGAGUGUGUCUCCAUUUCCUGGUUCUAUGGUGUGGAUAAGUUCUAUGACAACAUCCAGGAGAUGAUUGGCUACAGACCCUGUCUGUGGUGGAAAGCCUGCUGGGUUGUGUUCACCCCUCUUAUCGUGGCUGGAGUGUUCAUCUUCAGUGCCGUCCAGAUGGUUCCUCUCAAGUUGAACAACUAUGUGUUCCCAAAGUGGGGCCAGGGUGUGGGCUGGUGUAUGGCCUUGUCCUCCAUGCUCCUCAUACCUGGCUACAUGGUCUACAUGUUCCUCUCUCUGAAGGGCACAUACAAAGAGCGUCUGCGGUCAAUGAUCAAACCAGUGGUAUUGGUACCCAAAGCCCAAGAGAAUGGGCCUGAACAGCAGACAGAAAGCGUUAACCCACCCAAUGAGGAGGCUUAUAUCUAAACACCAUCUCAAAGGUCCACUGUCACACAGAAAACGUAAUCAAGGUUGAGCACAACCAAGGACUUCCAUGUCUGAAAUAUAAUCACCUACCUCCAGGGGAAAAAUGUGACCAACCUGAUUACAUUUUUUUGUUUAGUUAUGUUUGUAAAAAAGAGGAAGAGGAAAGACAAACUACCCAGAAAUGUUCUUGUGAUAGUUUGUAUUUCAUAUGCAAAAAUGUUAGUCUUUCUAAAAUGUGACCUAGAAUUACUGUAAUUUGAAAUAUAAUUUAAAAUUUGAAGGCCCAAUGUGAUUCAACAGUAUUGUGCUAAUUUCAGAUAUUUACAAGUAAUUAAUCCAUUAAAAUACUAUUAUUGUACAAAGAAAAAUAUAGAUUAAAU